CGAGCUGUCAGAUGUGCGCAUCGUUGUGUCGUCGCACGCGAUAACGAAGCCGAUACGCACGAUCCGCGUUCGUAUAAAGAAAGUCCAAACCCAGCGCAGUGACCGCUCCCGUCGGUUCUAAUAGCUCGCCACGCUUUCGAGACGGGGCGACUAUCGACGACAGCCAGCGACGACGCGCACACAACACCUACGAGCGAGCAACAUGGCGGCGGAAUGCAGCCGUGCGGACUCAUGCGUCAGGAAACCUCACUUUUGGCGGAACUGUGAGACCUUAAAAGUGCCCAUGUUCCUUUUUCGCGAUAAUCGUCAACGACUCGUCUCACGUCUCAAAGCAAAACCGAAUGAAACCCGCUGGGCCCCAGGCACUUUCAUCGUUCUUCAAGGUGGCGUGAAUGUUCCCUUUAACGACACGGACACAAAUUGGCCUUUCAGACAGGAGUCCUUCUUUCAAUGGUGCUUCGGCGUGGAGGAGCCAGACUGUUACGGCGCUAUCGACGUGAUCACCGGUGCCUCGAUUCUCUUUGUGCCGAGGUUACCACCCGAGUACGCGAUUUGGGAGGGCAAGCUGCAUACUCGGGACGACUUCAAGGAACGAUAUGGCGUGAACGAGAUUCAUUAUACCGACGAGAUUGCGUCCGUGCUGAAGGAAAAGUCAGCGCGAGUCCUGCUUACGCUGAACGGCAGAAACAGCGACAGUGGACUGACAACGCGCGAGACGAUUUUCGAUGGUAUCGACAAAUUCCAGGUGAAUCUUGAGCACUUGUAUCCAGCGAUAUGCGAGUGCCGGGUGAUAAAGUCUCCUCAAGAAAUUGAAGUAUUGCGGUAUGUGUGCAAGAUAAGUUCGGAGGCUCACAAAACUGUAAUGCGCUCUAUGCGCCCUGGGAUUCCGGAAUAUAAAGCAGAGGCUUGGUUUUUGAAUUAUGUAUACGCUGUGGGAGGAUGCAGGCAUGUAUCUUACACGUGCAUCUGCGGAUCCGGACAUAAUUCCUCUAUAUUGCACUAUGGUCAUGCCGGUGCGCCGAAUAGUAAAGUCAUACAAGAUGGAGAUAUGUGCUUGUUCGACAUGGGCGGUAAUUACUGUGGAUACGCAGCUGAUAUUACGUGCAGUUUUCCGGCCAACGGAAAAUUCACCGAGGAUCAAAAACUGAUCUACAACGCGGUGCUGAAAGCACGCGAUGCGGUAAUCGCGACUGCGAAGCCAGGAGUCGCUUGGACCGAUAUGCAUCUCUUGGCGAAUAAAGUCAUGUUGACGUCGUUGAAGAAAGGUGGAUUACUAGUGGGCGAUGUCGAAGAUAUGAUAAAAGCUGGUCUAAACGAAGUAUUUCAGCCUCAUGGACUGGGUCAUUUGCUGGGACUGGAUGUGCACGAUGUUGGUGGAUAUCUGCCUGGUCAUCCUGAACGCUCGAAGGACGCAGGGGUGAGAAAAUUGAGAACCGCGCGGACAUUGCUCGCCGGAAUGGUUCUCACGGUGGAACCAGGCUGUUAUUUUAUAGACUGCAGUAAUUUUUAUUACAGUUGCUCGACGCAGCUCUUGCUGAUCCGAUCCAGUCGACGUUCCUUGUGCCAGAACAGUUGCGGAGAUUCUGUGGUUUUGGUGGCGUCAGGAUCGAGGAUGACGUCCUCAUAACGGAAACUGGAGUUGAAAAUAUGACGGAUGUUCCACGCACAGUUGAAGAAAUAGAAAACUUCAUGCAGAGUUGAUUAAUUGAGAAGAAAAAUUCGAAAAUUUUGAGAUAUAAAAAAGUGAAAAGUUGAACAAAUUGCUUAUUAACUAUUUGCAAUCGUGAUAAAAAGACAUAUAUUCAUAUAAUUUCUUAUCAGAUUUUUACGUGUAUAUAUAUUUGUAUCGAUUUAUACGUAAAUGUAACGAAUAAAGCAAGAAACUGAGAUGCCAUAAUGUAACGUUACACCACGACAUUAUGGUAUGUCGUUAAAUCGAUAUUUC